CCACCCCUGUAAGAAAGCCACUGCCGAUAUCAUUGCUUGUUCAUGCUCUCUGUGUUGCGGCGGGGUCUACUAUACCUGUCAACCCAGGGGCUAUCUAUAAUCACAGAGUUGCGGUUGUUUCGCAGAUCUGUUGUUUCCCCAGUGGAGAGAGAGUCCGAGAGCCAUGUUACAUAUAAUAUUUGUUUCUUGGGCGAUCAGUGGUGCAAAGCUUGAGCCUCGAGGCGUUGCGUGGUCUUUGUCCGUGUUGUUUGGUUUUGUUCUGUUGGUUGGUUCGUCUUGUAUAUCUCCCUUGCUGGCACUGUACUGUAUCCGUAGGUUAAACCAUCUGACAGUCUACGGCGGGGCGAGAGAAGGGUGGCAGCCGGGGAGAACGGCGGAAGGGGUGGCGUAUCCGGCUUGUUUGUCCGAUGGCUUCUGUCUUUACUUUACAAGGUACGGAUGGGUAUUCCCACAUUCAGGAGUUCUCACGGGACAUGCUUGUAUGUUUACAGAUUACGUUGGACGAGACUACCUUAGUGUAUUGCUUAAUCAUAGGCGAAUGAGCCUUCUUUUUCUUCACCAUGUUCGUCUCCCCCUUCCUUCGGCAUUGGGUCUCAUGUUUGGUCCCCUCUCGUCGUACCACAAAUCCCACGCCGUCGUCGUCUAAAGGCGGAUGGCCUCGUGGCCAUUGAUUCGACUACUAAUCGAGGAGGACCCGCGCGCCCACGGCGGCAACGAGGACUGUGACAUGCCAAAAUGGCCCAUGGAGGUACGGAUAUGCGUGGGCUGUACGGAGUAUGCGCUUGGCCACCCAUUUUC